AUGUCGCUGUGCCAGAAUCGCCUGCAAGAGGAGCGCAAGCAAUGGCGAAAAGACCACCCGUUCGGCUUCGUCGCGAAACCCGCUCGCACGGAUAAGGGGGCGCUCGAUUUGAAGCGCUGGGAGUGCGCGAUCCCCGGAAAGGCCAAGACGCUUUGGGAGGGCGGGCUGUUCAAGCUUGAUGUCCUCUUUCCGGAUGAAUAUCCCACCAAGCCACCAAAGUGCAAAUUCACCCCGCCUCUCUUCCACCCCAACGUCUACCCCUCCGGGACAGUCUGCCUCUCCAUCCUGAACGAGGAGGAGGCCUGGAGACCCGCGAUCACGAUCAAGCAGAUCCUGCUGGGGAUCCAGGACUUGCUGGACGAUCCCAACCCCGAGUCGCCGGCGCAAGCCGAUGCCUACAACCUGUUCAAGAAGGAUCGCGCGGCCUAUGAGAAGCGGGUUAAACUAGUUGUCCGCGAGAACCAGCCC